GUUUUUUCAAUUCUAUUAUAUUUAAAUUAAAACAUUCAAUUUGGUUCCUUAAAUUUGUCCUUUGUUCAUUGUAAUUACAUUCAUUCCAAUUAUUCACUUGUUUCUCAAAAGACCCAAAAUUUCUGGCUAUUACGGAUUGGUUAAAAUUAUAUUAAAAUGACCCUCGAUCUGGAAACUAGUUUAAUGGCUUAUAAUCAACUGUAUCUAAUAGGUUUAAUCACUAUGUUGGGCUUAACUUUUCUCAUAAUGAUGUGUGCUUGUGGAGGUCCAAAAAAUGAACCCUCAGGAACUCCUCAAUCGCCUCAAACUGAUGCUGAAUCAGGAAAACCUGCUGUAACACCUGCUGAUGCUGCGGCAAUGCCAGGAGCUCCCCCUCCAUCAAAUUUAGAAUCUGGUCCAAUCGCAAGUGCGGCUCAGUCAGGAACUGGAUCUGGUAUAAAAUCAGCAACCGAUUCCAAGGUGGGAUCAACUAUGGGCUCGAAUAUUGGAUCAAAUGUUGAUUCAGUUGUUGGUUCAACCGUUGGAUCAAAUGUUGGGUCAAAUGUUGGGUCAACUGUUGGCUCCACUGUUGGAUCUAAGGUGGAUUCAACUCUUUCCCGCACUUCAGGGGUUUCUAGUGCAGUUUCAUCUGUUACUGGUUCAGCCAUAUCAGCAUCAACAACUGGUUCUGCUAUAGGCUCAACAAUGGGUUCAGUUGCCGGUUCAAAGGCUGGAUCAACUAUGGGCUCAAAUAUUGGUUCAGCUGUUGACUCUCGUGCUUCUGGUGUCUCUUCCAAUGUCUCUGGAAUGUCUUCAAAUGUUUCUGGUAUUAAUUCAGGUGUCUCCAAUGUGUCCGGUAUUUCUCAAAAUUCUCGAGUCUCCAACGUAUCCAACAUUGAAUCCACAGCUAAAUCAAAUAUGUCCGGAAUCGAUUCAAAAGCUGGUUCAGCAAUGUCACAGCUACAAUCUCGUGCUCCAGCAUCUACAGCGAGUGGUACCGGUUCAGCUAUGUCCGCAGUAGCCAAAUCUUCAACAAAAUCAAAAGGAUCUAGAAUGUAGAAGGAUAAAUAGAAAGAUAAAAAAUCAUAACUCAAAAUUCAGUAAACUCACCCACCUUAAUAAAUUGUUAGAUUCCUGUUUUUUUCAUCACAAAUUAAAAAAAAUUUUGAUUAA